AUGGCAACCGACCAGCCCUUGGGUGCUGCCAGAGAACAUUCAGGCCCCUUGCAGGCUGGUGCCGACGACGCAAGAGGCACGACCAGCUUGGCGGCUCUGCUGCCUCUGGGCACCCAGUUCAAUGACCAACAAGUGCAGAGCAGCCGGAAUGCAGCCUGCAACGGCGACGGCGACGGCGACGGCGACGGGUGCUUGGACUUGUUGACCGACGUUUUGCACGACAAUGCUCAACUCCCCGUCGUCCCCCUUGCUUCUGCGUCUGCACCAGCAGUGCCUGCACCAGCACCUGCACCAGCCACUGCAGUUGGCAGCGCCACUGCCGGCAAAUCCAGCGGGGCCAACCCUGGCCCCGUCAUCUCUGUUGUGGACACUCCUAUGCCGGCCUUGACCCGCAGGACCACCGACUUAUUAACCCCCCCAGACAGCAGCACCCGCAACAGCAACAACAACAACAACAACAACAACACCAGCACGGCCAGCACCAGCACCAGCACCAGCACCAGCACCAGCACCAGCACCAGCACCAGCACCAGCAUCAACACCAGCACCAACAUCAACACCAACAGUCCUGCCUACGCGCGCGCGUCGAGUGCUGCUCAUCCUCAUCGCCACCAGCUUCCCCCUUCUGCUGUUCGAAAGACCUCACCCGGCCUCGCCGCCCGAUUGAAGGCUCUGGGCUUUGGUAUCCCCAGGCAAGUUCCCGCUCUGCCGCCUUCGCAACACGGUCGUGACCACGUCGGUCGACUGGACGAGCAGCAGCUACGCCAGCUUGACGAGCAGCACCAAGCCAACUCCGCCAGCUCCGCCAGCUCCGCCAUAUCACGGCGCGGUCGUCCCUGGAGAGGCGCGGGCGCCUCCGCGGUUUCCACGACGACUCUUCCCAACCCAACGGCCCAGCCCCCCGUCGUCGUCGUCGUCGUCGUCGCGGAAGAGUCACCACAGCUCCCCGAGAUCCCAACGCCCGACCCAUCAGCCAUGGACACUCAGAAAUACCGAUUGCCGGACCACACAAACUCCAACGGUACCAAGGCCACUCUGGACACACGACGUGAACACAUUCAACCCACCGCUCGGCCCGUCACUCCUCCAGACGCAGUCCCUCCCCCGCCUCCCCCCAAGGACACUCCUCCGCCGGCCACACCUCCCGCACCCACGUCUCCGACCGAAUACGUGCCGGGCUUGAGCUCCUACUUUACGCCGGGGCAAAAUCGGCCCGGCUCCAUAUACACCUUGUCCCGCGCGUCCUUUGCCAACCAGCUCGCCCAGCUCACCUCGCUGCAAUUGCCGGAUGCCGAGUCCCUGUCGAGCCAAGUAUCCGCCAUCCCGACGGCCCAGGUGGCUGCACGGGCACUCAUCAACGCGUCGGAACAGAUCCGAGGUUGGAUCGCCAAGGCCCACGAGGUCAUUGGCGGGCUUGACAGCGAGGACGACGUCGAAUGGGCCGCCGCCGGUGGCCGGGAGGGCCUGGAAGAAGUCGAGAACGCCACUGCCCGUUUUGAAGAUCUCAUCAACGCCUACGUCGGUGCCAUUGAGGAGUUGCAGAAGCGGAGCGACAUCACGCACGUGCCCUCACACGACCUCAAGGUUGCAGUGUUUCAGAUGGAUUCCAUCAUUGACGAGUGGGCUCGUAUCCGAGCGACCUUGACAAGCGUGCGAGUCCAGGUCGAGAUGGCCAUGGAGUGGGAAGAGCUGUGGAACAACGUCUUGGGAGAUAUCCAGGGUGAAAUGGACGAGCUCGGCCGGCUGGUCUUUGAGAUGGAAGAACGCCGCCACAAGGGUGCCGGAGCGGCAGCGGCGGGGGGUGCUGAUGACCUGGUUGAUAUCGGCGACCUUGAGGAAGCCACUGGCGACGAGACGCCGCCUGCAGCAGCAGCGCGGCUGCGAGCCUCGAGCCGGCUGAGCCUGGCUGCGUUGCCGCCGAGCCCGCUCUCCCCCGGCGCCGCGGGCUUGUCCCAGGACGACUCCAGCCUGCUGGCCCUGUUCGCCAGAAUGCAGCCUCUGCGAGCGUCGCUCGACUUCUUGCCCAUGCGCCUGUCGGUGUUUGAGGCCAGGGCCAAGAGGUCGUUUCCCACGGCCUGCGAGGAACUGGAGAUGCGCCGCACGGGCCUGGACGCGAGCUACAAGAAGCUGGAAAAGGACGCAGAGUCGCUCCGCAAGGAGCUCGGCGAGGACCGCUGGGUCAUCGUGUUCCGAGGGGCCGGGCGCCAGGCCCAGAAGAUGCACGAGUCUGUGCAGCGGUCGCUGCUGAAGCUCGGCGAAGCCAUCGACGCCGAAGUCCACCUGCCGGCUCCGCCCACCCUGGCCAAGAAGGUUGAGAGCUACGAGGCCAAGAAGACGCACUACGGCCCCGCCAUCGAGCGGGUGCUGUCCAUCAUUGAGAGAGGGGUCAGGGACAGGCUGACGGUCAAUGGCGAGAUUCUCCGCCUGCACGAAGACAUGCAGGCGCGCUGGCGAUGCCUGAAGCUGCAGAUGCGGGAGAUGGACGCCAUGGUCGACGACAUGCAGGUGGACCGAAAGAGCCAGCAGCUGCGGGACUCGGUGUCGAGCCUGCUGUCGUAUGAUCGAUCGACGAUGGGGAGCGGGCGCGACACCCCGGGAAGCUCUCCGCCAUCUUCCGUCAUCAUGAGCUCGCUGGGCUUUGACCCGCACACGCCGUCCUCGAGAAGCAAGGCAAGGUCGCCGAGCGGCAACCACGGCGCCAGGCCGGCCGAAGCCGCCGCCGCCGCCGCCGCCGCCGGCAGAAGGCAGUCAUCCCUACCAGCACCCCCGGCGUCGCACCCGGCCAGAAGAGCCGGCUCCAGACUGUCGACCAUGGCGAGCGCCGCUGCCGCUGCCGGGACACGUGCCGCCGGGGCACAUGCCGCCCGGUCCGUCUCGACCUUGAGCCACCAUCGUCCCGUCUGGAACACGUCCACCAACACAUCCGAUCUCGACACGGGACAUCACUUCAAGCCCCUCAACCUGACCACUCCCAGCCCGUACUCGAGGACCGCGCCAAGCACCCAGCAACGGUCCGCAUCCGCCGCCACGCCUUGUUCCGCGUCCAGGCUCCCCACUCUGCGAGGUGCUCCGUCCCGAGCCGCCUCGGAGUCGCCCAAGGUGGAAGUCAGCAGCCCAUCCGGGGCCGGCCACGCCCGCCUGUCCUUCCGGGAACGCCUCACCUCGCCAGGCCCGUACUCUCAGCUCGCCCUCUCCAAGCCGCGUCUGACGUCGCACAUUUCCAUGACUGCGCUGUCGUCGAAGCGGCGCGUCUCGAUGCAGCACCAAUCUGCUGCAGGCUCCAUGGACGGGGGGGCCGAAGUAGCCCGCGCCCCUCGCCCUGCCAGCUCCUUGGCCACCAGCGGCAGCAGCGGCAGCCGAAGAACGAGUCUGUUUCCGCCGCUGAUGGGGAAGCCUGGCGGCCAGCUCUGCGCCGCGUCCAGUCGCCCUGCAGCCCGCCAGCCCGCGGCUGUCGAAGCCAAAGACGCGAAGCCCAGGUGGCGCCAUUGA